AAAAGGGGGAGGGGGGUUGGCAGAGGGGAGGCGGGGUUUCUGAUGGAGCUGAGAGAGUGACAGAGAGCAGUUGAACACUCAGCUUGUGGAAAUAUGAUGGAAGCCAGCGUUGUUUCCCAGGACACUGGCCACACGAGCCCUCUGACAGGAGAGCUCGACACUCCAUCCAUCCCCUCAUCUUCUGCCCUCUCUCCACAUUCCCUGCCGUCGCACCUUCCAGCCCGCCCGAGUCGACCCAAACCACUGCAUCCUUCUGUGAAGUCCACCCAGCUCCCCUCUCGACCUCCUUUACCCCCAUCCACUCCUCCAUCCCUCCCUCCUCCUCUCCCUCCUGCCUCUAAACCUCCUCCGCCUCUCUCCAUCAACCACCCUCCCCCAUCUCUUCCGCCUCCUCUCUCCCCUGUUCCUGUCUCUCCUCCACCCCUGGUUUCUCCUCAGUCUACUGUCUCCUCUGAUCCUACUCCUUCUUUGACCCCUUGUUCUCCUCCUCCUCCAUUAUCUCUUACAGUCUCAUCCUCCUCCUCCUCUUCAUCCCCCCUUCUACCUCCCCCUGACAUCCCACCACUCUCUCCAACUCUUCAGUUGCUGAGUCCUAUAGAUCGCCUGAUUGGGAGCUCCUCGGUAUGGCAGCCCAAAGGACUCAGCCAAGACCAAAGCACUAGCAUAAUGGAGAAAGAGACAGCUGGGGCCUUCCUGGUUCACAGCACAGAGGACGGGGACAUGACGCUGUCAGUACGCCUGCCUAAUGAACAGGGGGUGCCGCAAGUACACAGACUGAUGGUCAAACAACACAAGACAUUCGUCCACUUAGAUGGCUCCUCUCUGGUUUUUGAUGACAUCUUCAAACUGAUCUCCUUCUACUGUGCCAGCAGGGACAUCCUGACCAUCCCACUGAGGUUACCCUGGGCUAUUACCACGGCAACUAAGAGAGAGGAGCUGGAGGUCAUCUCUGCCAUGGGCGCAGAUUUCUGGACGUCUGACCUGAACCAGCAGGCAAAGCACCAGGACCUGGUUUUGGAUCAGAACCACAACGGUCCAUAUUUGUAUGUCAAUCCAGUGACUGUCAAAGAGAGCCUCAACAAAGACCUGAACCCCUCCUCUAUCACCAAACCUGAUAUCAUCACCAAUCAAAACAUCACCUCCUCCCUGCAGAAUGGAGAAGCCCCACAGAAGGCUAGCUCAGAGGACAAAGGUCAGACUAAGACCACACCCAACCAAGAGAUUAAAUACAAGCGUCCCCCACCCCGUCCCCCCAGCCUGAGCUCAGGGUGUGGGACAGGUCUCCUCUUCUCCUCUCCCCCCUCACUUCACACUUCAUCUUCUGUAACUCCAGCAGCUGUGAAAAAAGAGGAAGGAAAGGGAGGAGUGGAGAGAGAAGAGAGGAAGUCAAUGUCAACAUCACCUUCUCCGUCGAGGCCUCCUGUCCCCCUGCAGAGCCGAGCCGCUCCUCCUCUGCCUCCUGCUCCUAUCCGCCGCACCUCCUCCAAGAAAAGCACUGACCGAGAGGUAGGAGAGGGGACGGAGAGAGAGAAGGGACAAAAUCCUACAAAGAAAACUGAGAAAAAGGGGGGAGGAGACAGAGGAGAGGAGAAAACCGGAAGUAAAUCAGGACUGCUGGGUGAGGAGGUGGAACAAGGAAACAGUAACCAAAAUCAAGAGGAGGGUGUUAAAAAGGACAGAGAAAAGCGAGAGAAAGAGGAUGACAAGGAGGAAAAAGAGGUGAAAAUGGAUAAAGUGGAGGAUAAACAAAAAUCGAGUUCCCAGUGUCCGUCAUUAGCGAAGAAGCCGUCCCGUCCAGUCCCUCCACCGAGGAGGAAACCAUGUUCCCCGGACGCACCUGUGUGCCCCAACAAGGCUGGAGCAGGAUUGCUAAGUCAGUGUCCUGGGAUGAGAGUCCCUCCUCCCUCACCAGGGCGGCGGCCGGAUGUGUCGCUGUACUCACCACAGGGGGGCGCUGUUCUUGCAACCGACCCUGACUCCUGUUCUACCAGCAGCACAGAAGAAGAAGGAGAGCCGAACCAAGAACAGGAGCAAAACCACAAUCGCCCUGCAGAGAGCCGCAGUCCCAAGGCAGCAGUGAGGAGAAAACCCACCACUGUUAUGCUGGACAAGGCCCGUCACCGCCUGUCCACCGUCCUCACCGGCCUCAUCAGCCAUGACCGGCGCCUCACACAGCGCAUAGUAGAGCUGGCCAGGGACCCUCUGAGCUACUUUGGUAACCUGGUGAAAGAGCACCGUGCUUUCACCUUGGAGACCAUGUCCAACCAUAUGUCCUCCACUGAGCUGCUACAGGAGAUCAGACAGAUGAUGACUCAACUAAAGAGUUACCUACUGCAGAGUGCAGAGCUGCAAGCCAUGCUGGAGCCACAACAUCUGUAUGUACAAGAGAAACUAGACAACAUAGUAGAAGCUGCUCUGUGUAAGAGUGUACUGAAGCCAUUGAAGGAGCCAAUUUACCAGAGUCUGGAGAGACUGCACACCAACGACGACAGCCUGAAACAACUGACACAGAACCAGUCUGUUGUCCUAGGAAGCACCACCACAGCACUGGGAGUAACCACUGCUGUCCCAGAGGCCCCUGCUAUGGAGAAGAUCAGCAUCAAACUGAACAGCCUCCAUCUGGAGUAUUCUCCUCAGAAAAAGAUCCAGCUGCUGCUGAAGACCUGCAAGAUCAUCUACGACUCCAUGUCCAUCAGUUCUCCAGGGCGGGCCCAUGGCGCUGAUGACUUCCUGCCUGUAAUGAUGUACGUCCUGGCUAGAUCCAAUCUGUCCACCUUGCUGCUGGAUGUUGAAUAUAUGAUGGAGCUGAUGGACCCGUCGCUAACAAUAGGAGAAGGUUCUUAUUAUCUGACCACCACCUAUGGGGCUCUGGAGCACAUUAAGACUUUUGACCAGCAGAGGUCAGCAACACGGCAGCUCAGCAGAGAGGUUCAGGACUCCAUCCACCGCUGGGAGAGACGACGCACACUCAACCAGGAGCGCAUGGCCCAGGGAUCUGUUCGGGACUUUCUGACAGUGUGCUGUCCAGAGAUUGGAACCAACCCAAAAACCCUGGGUGUCCUCCCCACCACGACGAUCGAACAGCUGGCUGAGCAGUGUGCUGCACGCUUCGAACAAGGUGAACGUCUGGAAAGCAGCUACUCCUACACGCUCAGUGUGUAUAUGGAUGGCGUUCACCGGCCCCUGGCCUCCACAGAGCUGGCCCUCAGUGUUAAGAACAGCUGCCAACCUGGAGCCUACUGCUUUGUCUAUCACCCUGUCGACCAACCCAGCAGCCAGCAGCCUGCCCGCAGCUGCCCCAGUGACCCGCCCCCACCUCCACCUGCAGAAGUCUUCCUCCCAGCUGACGACUCAGGUGGAGACACGGUGGAGCCAGAGGUGGAAGAGGAGAGUCUGAUUAGCUUGUAACUUGUAACUCCAGCACUGCACUGAUGCAGCUGCUGUGUCACUAUGGCAACUGCAUCACUGUGGUGACUGUAUCAACAACAUGCUAAUUCAACAGAAGAAGGGAACCAAUUUUAGGAGAGUGUUUUCAUCUCAGGCCUCGCCUGAAGUAUUAAUCGAAUUUAGACUUCAAUGAAAACAUAUAUAUAAAUGACUGAUAUCUCAAAGGACUGAAUGUGUGAAAUGUGUGUGUAUGACACCCUUCUUUUUAAAUAAGUCUCUGACUGGUCUGAUGCCACAGUGGUCAACUAAAAUGAGACAAAGACUGAUUUUGUAUCUCAAGAAGGGGUCUGGAACCCCAGGGACUGCAGGAGGAAAUGGUUUUAUACAAUGUAAAAAUGCAUGUAAUUCUAAAAUGCACAUACAUGACCAUGUUUAUACUGUAUAUGUUUAUGUAUGUUUGUACUCUAUGAUACGUGAUACUACUCUAUCUGAUGCUUAAGACUUCUGCUUCAAACGGGGGUGGACUGUAAAUGACUCAUUACCUGGUUUAGGAUUAUAUUAACAGGAUCAAUCUAGAAUUUCAAUUAAAAAAAAAAAAAAAAAGAAGCCCACA